AUGGCAAAAUCUUGUUGACAGUCCACAUGGUUUCUGUUUCGUUAAAUCGAAGACAUAUUUGCGAUACACUAAGUUCGAAAUGACAUUCGUCAGGUGCGCAAUAUGGAAAAAACAAGAUUUAAUCGAUGCCACGUUAAACAAAAGUUAUUUCAUCAAAUAAUUCAGAUGAAUCCCAGAGAGAGGCAGAAGAAUGAUAAAUAGCAUCAUUUACGGGGUCUUCAAUGAAGCGAGGCAUAGUUUAUCUGUUCUGCACCAUCGUGCUAUGUUUAAUUUUUUACUUCAGUUAUAAGUUCUUAAAUGUAGAAUAUCAUUCGUAUACUCCAGAGUCUAUAACAAUGCCCAGUAUCGUCGUGUUUAGUAAUCGUCAAAAGGUGGACACAAAAUGCUUUUUUAAUAUAUCAUCUCAACCAGUAAAUGAAACUUGGCAGAAGUUGGACAGUUUGCAUCUUUACUCCGCAUACAUAGACGCCAGAGUUGAACCAAAUGUUGUUCGAAUAUUAGCUAUGUCAAAAGGAAAAUGGAAUCGUAAUAUUUACUGCAGAAUUUGGUACAAAACCUUAGAAUCCGUUGUAGUUGAAGCUGACGUAUUGGAGCUAUGGGUCCAUUCCUGGGAUUUAGCAAAACCUCAUGAUUAUUUCAGACCUCUACUUUUAACCUGCAUACUAUCUGGAAACAGAAUUCCCCUAGCAGUAUCUGUAGUGCUGGAACCUUGCGUCGAACCACAGAAUAUUUUUCCAAUGGCUUUCUACAAUCCUAGUGCAAUAAGCAAAAAUUUUGCAAUUUGCCUCAAACCACUAGAUUUCGAAGACGACAUUAGCCCCAGACUUGUUGAAUGGUUAGAGCUUCAGUUCCUUCUUGGAAUAGACCAAGUUAGAGUUUAUGUCUAUCAGGUCCAUCCAACAACAUUAAAAGUCUUAAAGAACUACGAAAAAUUGGGAAAGAUAGCAUUGAAAAUGCAUACUUUGCCUGCUGAUAGCCCAAACGAACCAAAAGAGCGCAGAAUAUUCCUGAAGAAUAAUAUCUGGCAGAAACGCCGCCAUGAAAUGUUAAUAUAUAAUGAUUGUUUCUAUAGUUUUGUUAAUUCUUACAAAUUUGUGGUAAAUUUAGAUUUAGAUGAAGCUAUCAUUCCCGUAGAGCACGACACAUGGGAAGAUCUCCUCAAACAAGUCAGCUUAGAAAAUCCUCAAGCGAUGAGAGCGGCUUCUCUUUCGGCUGCAAAUGUUUAUUUCUUUGAUUCUUUUGGAGAAGAUCCGGAUUUAACUAUACCUAAACACAUGCAUAUGCUACGUCAUGUGUAUAGAUCGGCUAAUUUCACUCCUCCCGGCUUCGCUCAGAAAAGUUUCUUUCUCACCAACACUACACUUAGUACGUCCAACCAUUACGCUCUGAAUGUUUUGCAUCCUAAUUUGCGAACGACUCUACAGAUCGAUAAAAGAUUAGCCAAAUUGCAUCAUUAUCGGAAUGAAUGCCCUCCUCUUAUGGAAAAGGAUUGCAAGGAAAAUUUUAUGAAAUAUUGCGAAAAGGAUACAGGGAUAUGGAAAUUUAAGAAUAAAUUGAUUGCACGUUUUUGUCACGUGGUAAAAACUCUAAAUUUGACGGAUGCAAUGGCAAAUGAAAUAUCAUGCGUAAAGUAAUACAUGUCAGAUGUAUUUGUUCUCUGUAUUUUCACUAACGUACCUAUAAAUAUUCAAUACAAAACUGAGAGUUCCAGAACAUUAGAUGAAGUUCAAGAACUGGUAUUUUUUAAACUAAUAUGCAGAUAGGAAUUGACUUCACAAUGGAUAUUGACUGAUCUUAGACAGCGUAACUAUACGUCAAAUCUCUUACGUCCUUAGUGCAAAUAUAGCGGAAUAAUGGCCUUUGAGCUAUAUCGAAUACACCACUAUAGUGUACUGGAUCACUACACACGUUGUUAGCUUGAAGAGAAAUAAUUCACUUAACUCAUUAAAUCACUAUUCAUGUUCACAACAUAACAGCUUUUAUAUUUAACCAAAAAAAUAUACAAGAAGCAUAGUCUGCAAGCAAGCACGAGCGAGACUAUACUACUAAUUGAGAUACAUAAACGGACAGUUGCGUACAUACAGUUAGUUUACAGUCAAAGUUACAGUUUUAGGUAUAUGAAAUAAUAUAUUUAAAUAAACAAUUAGAAAGUAAACAAGAGCUCAAAAGUCCAGUCACAAUUAAAACGCCACACCUUUUAUCUCAUGAGCGGUGAAGAACAUUUUUCUGUUUACUAUUCAAUUAAGAGAAACUAGGUAGUUCGGUUAAUAGCAAAUUAUAAAUAUUAAAUCAAAAUGGAGAGAUUUACUAAAUUCUGACAACCAACCAAAAAAAAAAGAAAAGAAACUUAAAUUGGGGGGGGGCAGAAACUUUAUAGAAAAUGAUUGCCGAACGCGGACUUUCGGAACGAGAUUUUGCAUAAACGCGUUUUCUUAAUUGUCUCCAUUUGGUUUGUUUGACCAACGGGUAAAUUUGAACUAUACGUGGUAAGCUGCAGAGCGUCGAUCGCAUUGUAAUAGUCCUCUUUGAUUACUGGUUUGAGAAUCCAUUCAUUAAAGAAGCCAUGCAGUUACUUAUAAGAGUCAAAUGUGAGAUUUAAAGUUCUAGUUCUCUGUAACGCUGCUGGACACGGUGCUAGGUGCUAAGCUGCUAAGCUCUCAUAACAUUGCAUCCAAAUGUGGAUGUAUUAUUCCUUUUACCGAACAUCACUUUCUUAAUCCAACAAAUGGAACAAGGAAUCAUAAAAGCAUUAAAAGUCUGUUAUACCAGGUAUAUUUAUGUCUUUGCAAAUACGACGAAGGAAAGCACGACACACUAAGAGCAUUUUGGAAGCAACUGAAUAUAAAACACUGCAUGGAAAUGAUUAAACUCCCAAAGGGAACAAGUGAAUACAUCAAAAUGAAUGCUCUGACCAGAAGUUGUCAAGAGUUUUAAAAAGAUUUCCCUCUAUUGAGAAUGAAGCUAAAGCUAAGGGAAUCAUACAUAUUGCAAAAACAAUAUACUGCGAAGGAUUUUCAGACAUGGAAGAAGCAAUCAAAGACUUUGUAGAGAAUGAGAUUAUGAAAUGACAAAUGAAGAACUGGUUGACCUAAAGACAACAGCAGACGUUGAAAACAGCAAUACUGAAAAAGGUUAAAAGCCUUCAAUGUACAAGUUUGGUUUGGUUUAUUUGAUGUAUGGCAAAGCACUCGAGCGCUAUCUGCCUGAGGGAAGAAGCCUUCGUGAAGGACUUUCUAAAGGAAACUGCCUCUUAUACACAUUAUAUACACGUUACAUAUGGGGAAAACCACGGAAACAUCCCAUUCGCAGGAUUCGAACCUCGAACCAGUGUUCAGCGGCUUUACCCGCUCGGUCGGUGAUGAGCCUUUUAAUGUACAAAAAGUUAAAAAUCAGAUGUUUAAAAAGACACAGGAACUGCUUGAUUUUGUAAUGGAGAUUGACUCAAAUGAAAAAAAAAAAAAAAAAAAAAAAAAAA